AUGGCGAGAUGGACGCUCUCGACCGAUACUCAUCAGGUCGUAUUGGAUCUUUUUGUAUAUGCUGUUGAGAUGCACCUUCAGUAUCCGGCUGGUUGUCUUCUUACCCUGGACAGCCUUCCACAAUCGUUGCAAGACAGACUCUCGCUCAUUUCCCAUUCCCGGCCAUUACCCGGCAGCCAAAAUCUGAUUCCACCUGAAGACCACUCAGAGGAAGCAUGGACUGCCACGGAAAUUGCAGUUCGUCAGGUUUUUGCUACCUUAUCGUCAUGCGACCCCAGGGACGUGCGAAGAUCCACGACCAUUUAUCGGCUCGGCCUAGACAGUAUCAGCGCUGUCCAAGUGGCUUCUAUGCUUCGUCAGUCCGGGUACCACGUUCUUGCUAGUGACGUGGUUUCAAAUCCCACUUGCCAGGGAUUGGCUCACCAUAUUACUUCCGGCAAGGGAGUCAAAAUACGCACGCCGCAGUACGACUUUGCCAGCUUUGAGUCCCAAGUUCGCCCACAGAUUCUUGCACGGGGUGUGGUGGUACCCAGCAUGGUGGAAAAGGUUCUGCCCUGCACGCCUUUACAAUCCAGUAUGAUGGCGCAGUUUGUUACAUCUGGUGGCAGGGACUAUCUCAACUACCUGGCUUUUGAGUUUGACACUCCUAUUCCCGUUGCCAAGAUGCACGAGGCAUGGCAAGCAGUUUGUGCAACGUAUCCUAUCCUACGGACGGGCCUUGCGCCUGUCGAGCACCAAGACUGUGAUUUUGCCAUGAUUCAAUACUACACACCCUCCUUUGUCCCCUUACUCAACACCUUUACUGGCCCUGAAGUUGCCUUCGACUUGGACCAAUGGCGCCUCGGAACCCGCCACCAAAUUGUUGAAGCACCACACAAGAGACUCUUCGCUAUUGCCUUUGUGCAAGAGGUCAGCCAUCUGACCAUGCACUUGGCCAUACAUCACGCUCUCUACGACGCACAGUCUCUUCAACUAAUUUUGUCGGAUUUCUCCAAGGCAUUGCAUGGGCUGAAUAUCAUCCAGCGUGACAAUGAUGAGCAUGCUUUGGGCGAGAUCUUGGAUGAGGUAUCGACCCCCUCUGACAAGAUUGAAAGCUUCUGGAAGCAAAGGGGCCAGCAAGUGGUGGUGAAUGGUUUUCCCACCAUGACACCGCUCCGUCAGGAAUCGCGUGAGAUUAUGACGCAGUCCCUCAUCAGCCAGGUGCCCAUGAUCAGUCUGGAAGAGGCUGUCAGAAGCUCGGGUUAUUCCAUGCAAGCUGUUCUUCAAGCUGCCUGGACGCGCGUCUUGUCAUCAUAUCUCGGUGAACAGUCUGUCGUCUUUGGCGUGGUGUUGUCUGGGCGCAACUCUGAAGCAACACGCAAAGCAGCCUUUCCCUGCAUUGGUACCCUGCCGAUUAUUGCAACACACACCAAGUCCAACCGUAAGCUCUUGGCACAGAUGAUGCAGUAUAACGCCGAGAUCUAUUCCCAGCAACAUCAGCCCUUAACGAGGAUCCAGAAAUGGCUUGGAUAUGCCGACGCAAAGUUGUUUGAUACCUUGCUGGUGUAUCAAAAGCUUGAUGUUGACAACGCUGGAACCAGGCCCUGGCGAGUGAUUGAGGACCAGGCCAACAUCGACUAUCCCAUCUCUAUAGAGGUUGAACCUUUGGCAGAAGAUCGGCUCAAAUAUCAGAUCACGUUCUUCACUGAUGUGCUCCCCAGCGAGCAGAGCGAAUUACUCCUUCGCCAGUUCGAUGCGACAGUAUGUCAUUUGGCGUUCAGUCCGGACCACCUCGAAACGGAACUCUUCUUGGGUGCGCCCAACCUUUUCUCGGUUCUACCACCAAAAAAGCCCGAGCUCCCAACAGGAGUAAGGUUCUUGCACCAGUUCGUCGAGCGCCAAAGUCUUGAGACGCCGGAGGCUAGUGCUUUGCAGUUUGUGGAGUCGUUCGACGGAGACGUGCCGAUUGAUCAGAGGUGGACGUACAAGGAGCUCGACAAGAAUGGAAAUCGGAUUGCCAAGUUGUUGACUCAGCAUGCAAAGGUCGGAGACAUCGUCGCGGUGUACUUCGACAAGUGUCCCGAGGCAUACUUUUCCAUCCUUGGCAUCCUCAAAGCCGGUUGCGCGUUCGUCGCUUUGGACCCUGGGGCACCGGCAUCACGCAAUGAGUUCAUCUUGAAGGACUCGGGUGCCUCGGCACUUCUGACAACAGAUGCCAGGAAGAGGUCCCUUGAGUUUGAAGUCUCUAUUCCGGUCAUGGCCAUCAACCAAGAGACACUCCGGCUGCUCUCCACUGAACCUGUUGUGCUCAGUCCAUCUCUUGAGCCAAGCAAUGCCUGCUACUGCUUGUACACUUCGGGUACUACCGGAACACCAAAGGGUUGCGAAAUCACACACGACAACGCGGUUCAGUGCAUGCUUGCUUUUCGGCACAUCUUCGAGGGCAAAUGGGAGCCCGAGUCACGCUGGUUGCAGUUUGCCUCGCUUCACUUUGACGUUUCGGUCCUUGAGCAGUACUGGAGCUGGUCAGUCGGCAUCACUCUUGUUGCUGCUCCACGAGAUAUCAUUUUGGAGGAUCUGUCUGGCACCAUCUCCCGCUUGGGAAUUACACACAUUGAUCUUACACCGAGUCUGGCUCGACUGGUCCAUCCGGAUGAUGUUCCCAGUUUGUGCAAAGGUGUCUUCAUCACAGGUGGAGAAUCGCUCAAGCAAGAGAUUCUCGAUAUUUGGGGCGACAAGAGAGUCAUAUACAAUUUCUAUGGCCCCACAGAAGCAACCAUUGGUGUCACGGUUUAUCCUCAAGUACCCAUCAACGGCAGGGCUUCCAACAUUGGGAAGCAGUUCAUCAACGUCGGAUCAUUUGUACUGAAGCCCGGAACAGAUACGCCUGUUUUACGCGGCGGCGUGGGCGAACUUUGUGUAUCUGGCCGCCUCGUAGGCAAGGGCUAUCUUGGGCGACAAGACCUGACUAGGGAGCGAUUUCCGUUGCUGCAACCGUUUGGAGAGCGUGUGUAUCGGACCGGAGAUUUGGUUCGGCUUCUUCACGAUGGUUGCUUUGACUUCUUGGGCAGAGCAGAUGACCAGGUCAAACUUCGCGGACAGCGAUUAGAAAUUGGCGAGAUUAAUCACGCAAUCCGAAAAGGUGUGACUGAGAUCCGGGAUGUAGCUACCCUCGUGGCUCGCAACGAGACCCAGCAAAAAGACCUGUUGGUAUCCUUCAUCAUGAACGACGAGGGGAGCAAGAAAAGCCCCGACCAAGCUUUGAGCCUCAUCGAGGGAACGCAAGCUGCUGAGCUUUGCCGAAGAGCUCGAGAUGCGUGUCGUUCGAGGCUCCCCGGGUACAUGGUUCCAACAUAUGUGCUCCAACUGCCAUUCAUCCCCCUUUCGGCCAACAAUAAGGCUGAAAUCAAAAAGCUUAGACAAUUCUUUGAUACCAUCGAACAUGGAAGACUGAUUUCUUGGGCGUCGGCUGCCGACAGGUCUUCUGGAGAGCUGAGCCCAACGGGCAUGCAAAUAGCCAGAGUCCUUGCCGCCAUGCAGCGGAUCGACAUCGCCAGUAUCACUCCAAGGUCAAGUAUUUUCGAGUUGGGUAUUGAUUCCAUCUCAGUCCUCCGGCUAUCGCGCGCCCUCAAGGACAGCGAGCAACUCCACGCCAGCCCUGCCACCAUCCUCAGGAAUCCCUUGAUUGGGGACCUGUCCCAGGCUCUGAAGAGCAAGGAGAGCUCUCCUGGGACGGAAUCAGUGGCAUCUGCUCGGCAACUUGUACAGGCUUGUGCUCACAGAUUCCGGUCUCAUGUGUGUGCAGAGUUACUCGUUUCCCUUGACGCUAUUCAAUACAUCGCUCCUUGCUCGCCACUGCAACAAGGCAUGCUUUCCCGGUCCGCCGAUAACGCUUAUUUCAACACAUUUCGUUUCGAUCUAGCAGCCGAUGUUGAACCCGGGCUGCUUCGCAGGGCUCUGGAGAGGACCGUGGUGGCAUUCCCCAUCUUGAGAACCAAGUUCGUUGAAACGGCAGAUGGCUUCAUUCAGGUUGCACUCAAAAGAGUCAAACUCCCAUGGGUAACCAUGUCUCUGGACAACGAAAGGCAGUCACAUCAAGCCUGGACGCCACAGUUGGGGUCCAUAGAUACACCUUCAUUGGACAUUUCCAACCCAACUCUAGAGACUGUCCCUACCUCGCUCGACGGCGAAAUGCCUCUUCAAUACAUCGAUAGCUCUAUUUUGCCCGUGUGGGGAUGCCUCCCGGACAAGGUGAGUGCGCCAUUGAAACAAAGCGGGCCGGCCCUCCAUUCAGAUGAACUGGUCACAGAGGCGGUUGCGAGAUGGAGAACGUCGUGGAUCGCUCGGAACAGACAGCGCUUGAUUCAACCAUUCGAGGUUGCGUACCUAGACAGCCCUCGGCAUCUUGUCCUUCACAUUUUCCAUGGCCUUUACGACGGCAACAGCUUGAAGCUCAUCUUGAACCGGAUAGCUUCGGAAUAUCAGGCCUUAGCCAAUGGCUUGACCGACACUUUCACAGAUUCUGCCCCGUCAUUCCUGCAGGCGCUGUGCUAUGGGCCGCUCCGCAACUUCACAAGCAGCAGGCAAUUCUGGGCCCAACAUCUACAAGGUUCGACGCCUCUGUCUGAGCCCGAUAAAGCCCAUUCGAGCAAAAAUGCCGUCAGGGUCCGGUCAGGCCUUUCGUUUAGAAAGUUGGAAAAGCUUAAGUCUAUACUCCGAGUGACGCAUCAGGCGAUUGUGCUAGCCGUGUGGGUUGGCGUUCUUGCGAAAAGGCUCGCGAUUAACCCCACAAUCGGCAUGAUUGUUUCCGGAAGAGCCAUGGAUUUGGAAGCCGCUGAUCGAAUCGUCGGUCCCUUAUUCAACACACUUCCAUUUUACGCUCGAAUUACAAGCACCGAGGGGGGUAGGUGGACUACUUGGUCCUCUCUCAUUCAGCAAUGCCACAACUUCAACACUGCUGUGCUCGAAUUUCAGCACGUUGCUCUCCGAGAUAUUCAGAAAUGGUGUUCUGGUGGCAGGCCACUGUUUGACACCUUGUUCUCGUUUCAACUUCAAGAUGAAACCAUGAGCGAGCACUGUUCUUCGCUGUGGAAGGAAGUGGAGGUAGACCAUACUCCAGACUACCCGCUCGCACUGGAUGUGACGCUGAAAUCUGACGGCAAUCUGAGCCUCUUGCUUGUAUCGCAGGAGCAUGCAUUUGACCACAAAAGCUUGUCAGGCAUUAUGGAAGAGAUAGUCGAGGUUUUGGCAUCCAUACCACAGCGACUAGACGAGUCCGUCGUUGAGGGUGGCGGCGGCGGCGACCUCGCAUCAGUCCGGGCCCAGCAAAACACAGGUAUCGACAGCCAAACUUCGUCCUCUCAAAUUGGGGCCCAUGCGGUAUCCAAGUUCAUCUGGACGGAGGAUGCAUCCAAAAUUCGACGCGAGAUAGCAGAGCUGGCGGAGACACCUGUGGAUGUUGUUACUGAGACGGUGCCGGUUUUUGAACUGGGUCUUGACAGUAUCGACAUGAUCAAGUUGUCCGCGAGACUCAAGAGAAAGCAUGGUCUGCUGCUUCGUACCAGCGACCUCAUGAAGGCACAAACUAUUCAGAGCAUGGUCCAGUUACUUCAAGACAGAGCCGAGUCUUAUGACGUACCAGAGGAGAUUCAAAUCUCGGAGAAGGACCAGACAAUGUCGAGUCUUGUGGAAAUCGUUGGGCGUGACGCACUGCCCCCAACCCCUCUGCAAGAAGCUAUGGUUGCCGACAUGAUUGAAUCCGAUUUUCAGCUGUAUUUCAAUCACGAUAUCUGGAAGCUAUCCCCUGGUGUAGAUGUCACUCGACUCAAGUCCGCGUGGAAAGCGGUGGUUCAGCAUUCGGAGAUCCUACGAACAGUCUUCGUGCCCGUUGAAGCGACACAGUUUGACUUUGCAUACUGCCAAGUCACAAAGCCUGAAUUCCAGGGUAAUCUCAUCUUUGAGGCGAACUUGACGAGUGUCGAUAAGCUUGGGGGGCUCUGUGAAGCUGCCCGUCUACGAGCUGUUGGCGGUGCUGGCCAGAAAGAACUCUUACAGAUUACCUUUGCCACCAUCAACAAUUCGGACGAAGUAUUUGCCAUUAUUUCCAUCUCCCAUGCGCUUUAUGACGGCUGGUCUUUGGGACUGCUUCACCAGGAUGUUCGUGCGGCCUAUCAGGGGGUCUCAGGAGUAUCGACGAAAAUUGAUCACAGCACUUUGGUUGAUCAACUGUUGCUUUCAAACCAGCCAGACGCCUCGAAAUUUUGGUCCGGCUUUCUGGAGGGUGCCUCGUCUACUAUAUUCCCACUGAAGCCCUUGCCCCAUCAGCAGGGUAUACAUCGAGUCGAGUAUGCAUCUGCAUCCACAAGAUCUAAGAUCACACAGUUCUGCAAGUCCAUUGGUAUUACCCUCCAAGUCCUUGGGCAAGCCUGCUGGGCGGCUCUACUGGCAUCUCGGACGGGGUCGCUUGAUGUCACAUUUGGUGUAGUUCUCUCAGGCCGCGACAGCGAAGAGUUGGAAAAGGUCAUGUUCCCAACCAUGAACACGGUCGCGAUCAGGAGUGUGCUACACGGCACAGUGUCGUCGUGGUUACGGUAUAUGCAGGAUAACAUGAUCGGCAUUCGUCCAUUUCAGCAUUUUGGGCUCCGUCAAGCACAGAAGCUUGCCAGAUCCAACGGACCACUGUUCAACUCUUUGUUCAUUCAGCAGCAUCUUCCUUUUGACUAUUCGACAGCGGACGGUGGUACUCUAUGGACAUCAAUAGGUGGGGAGUCGGCUGUUGAGUAUCCGGUCUGCGUGGAGAUGGAGAUGUCUGGCCCUGGGCUCGUGUGGAGGGCAGCCUGCGAUGGAACUUGCCUCACGCGCCAGGACGCCAAGGAGAUUGUCAAUCAACUGGAUGCAGUCCUUCAGCAUAUCAUUACCUCGGCGGAGGAGAGUGUCCUACUCUUUGCGGAUCAGAAGGUUUCCAUUUGUGGACUUCCACCAGCUGAACUUGACCAUCAAAACCACACAAAGCCACAGGAGGAUGGAAUUGUGGAAAACGACAAAGUUUCCGCGUGGAGUUCAACAGAAUCAAGAAUUCGAAAUGUUCUCGCAGAAGUGUCGGGAAUACCGACGGAGAGCAUCUUGAAAAGUCACAGCAUCUACCACCUUGGGCUUGAUUCGGUCAGUGCAGUCAAGGCUAGUUCCGCUCUCCAAAAGCAGGGUAUCAAGAUUCGGUUCCGAGACUUGCUCAGAGCAAAGUCCAUCUCUGAGAUGGCCACUCUCCUACAAAACCACCCAUCACCAGUUGCAAUGAGGGGGAUUGACACUGUGGAAGAGUCUUCUGUUAUUGAUGGUCUUGGCGUUCCUGGCCUCCUUUCGGCAGCUGGAGUGCAGGAAUCCACCGUUGAGACGGUCCUUCCGGCCACGUCGAUGCAAGUACACAUGCUUUCCGUCUGGCAGAACACACAAGGUGCCAUUUUCUAUCCUGAAUUCCGAUACGAGUUGGAUGGAGCUGUCGAUCUCAAGUCAAUCAUUGUGGCCUGGAACACCCUCAGGGCGGAAACCCCGAUUCUGAGAACUCUCUUCCUUCCUACGAGGACUCGAGACGUUCCGGUACUGCAGGUUGUUAUUGAGAAUAACUACGCUGAUAUGACACCGCCACGGCCCAAGACUAGAAGUUGGUUUGCAAAGUUAAAAGAGAAGCUGUCGCCCGACCAGACUGCUUGGACGAGUUUCGCCCCUGAGCAACAUAAGCGGCAGCCAUUUGCAGGUCUUGAGAUCAAGCGACACGGCAAGAAAUGGGCACUUGUGUUUCGGAUUCAUCAUGCCAUGUAUGAUGCAGUCAGCCUUCCCGCCAUUCUCGUCAGGUUUUGUGCACAUCUGUCAGGGGUAGAGAGGAAGCCUCAAGUUGCCACGACGGCAUGGGAAAAGGCUCUUGGGGUGGAGUACUCUCCCAAAAGCAAGACAGUCAAGAUGCAAUUCUGGAAGGAAUAUUUGACUGGUGCGAAAGCGUCAUCGCUCACGCUUGAGCCAAAAACAGCCCAGCAGUCUCAGUCAAGCUCCCCAAGGCGUCGGAGGCUUCAUGAUAUCCCCAACAUAUCCGCUACCCGGUCCAACCAGCCGGCAGAGCCACAGUCAUGGACAAGUUUUGUCAAACACGAGGCAAUCCAAGAUGUCAAACCGCUUGUACAGCUUUGCAUGUCCAGAGGAAUCAGUCUCCAAUCACUCUUUUUGGCCUCUUAUGCAAAGUUCCUUUCGUCAAAAGUUGAGAAGAAAGACGUGGUGUUCGGGAUCUACCUUGCCAAUCAGUCGGAAGAAGAUGAGUUUUUGUAUCCGCCGUAUCCUACGCUUCGAUUGGUCCCGCUGAGGGUUAACUUUGCAAACGACGAUGCCGAUCUGUUUGAUAUUGCAAGCAGAAUACAAGAUGAUAUCCAUGCCGUAUCCUCAGGUGCCAAUGCCACUGUUGGGCUGUGGGAGGUCGAGGACUGGACGGGGGUCAUUGUGGAUUCGUUUGUUAAUUUUAUUUCCAACCCUUCUGAUGGCAAUGCCGUGUCGUCGCCCAAAGGAAAAGUCAAGUUGAUUGCGAGUCCAUUGGUAGGACAAAGGACGGUCAAAAGACGUGGUGGAGAUGGGAUGGAAGAUAUAGGUGCGAAUCCAGCAAGAGGAUCAUAUCCGGCUGCGAUCGAUGUCGAGGUUUCUGUCACAGGAGAGAUGAUGAUGAUCGGUGUCUUUGGACCAGGAGAAAAGGUUGGGCCAAAGGGGGCCAGUACUGCGGUGGAUGAGAUUGUUGAGAUAUUAAAGGGCUUGGUCCGGAACUGAGGAGGGAUUGCUGUGUGAUAUUUCUACAUUUGGUUCGAAGGUGUUGCUACCAAUGAGAUCUGAAAAUGGAAUUUCCGGAUGGUUAUUGUAUCUGUAAUGGCCAUCCUUUGACGUUUUGUUUGUCUGUAUUUAUCAGGGUACCACUGCGUGUGAAAGGCUUAGGGUUAAGCCAGGAGAUAUAGCCCCACACCAGCCCC